AUGGAACAUCUCCAGGCUUUGGCUACGUUUGCCAAGCGGCAGAACCCUCUGAGUCAGAGUAGCGAUCCCAACAUUGGUUCAGCUCGGGGCAACCCAUCUUCCACCGCAUCAGAUGUGAUCAAUGGUUUGGGAGUGGGCAACUCAACGUCUGCUUCUGCGUUAGUAUCGACACUGGUGCCGGCGCUUGUCGUCGCGUGUUUCUGGUUCGGUCUUUUUAUCAUAUGUCGCCGUACUCAGCUUCGCUGGUACGCUCCCAGGGCACACCUACCGAGCUUCCACUCACAUGAACGGAGUCCACCUCUCCCAUCAGGCUGGUUGAAUUGGUUUUGGGACUUCGUUCGGAUAUCCGACAACCAUGUCUUGCACCAUUCUUCCCUUGACGGAUACCUUUUUCUUCGUUUUCUCCGGGUAAUGUGCACGACCUGUGCCAUUGGAUGUCUGAUUAUCUGGCCCGUCUUAUUCCCGAUCCAUGUUACUGGUGGUGCAGGCAAUACUGAGCUGGAUGCGCUGAGUUUCAGCAAUGUGACCAAUCCAAAAAGAUACUACGCCCAUACUGUCAUCGGAAUUACGUUCUUCACCUACGUCUUCUAUGUGCUCGUUCGAGAGAGUCUGUUCUACGCGAAUCUGCGACAAGCGUAUUUGAACUCGCCCGCCUAUGCUGAUCGUAUCUCAUCGAGGACGGUCUUAUUCAUGUCUGUCCCGGAUGCCUAUAAAAACGAGAAAAAGCUCCGGCAGGUCUUCGGUGACGCUAUAGUGCGAAUUUGGAUCACCUCUGACUGUAAAGAGUUGGCCGAGAAGGUCUCUCAGCGAGACCGUCUCGCUGAUCGCCUCGAGGCGGCAGAGACACGGUUCAUCAGGAGGGCCAAUUCUGCCCGCUUGAAAGCGAUAAAGAAGCGGCAAUAUCCCGAUGUGUCUGCUGAUUGCGAACGUGCUACACCUUUGUGGACGCCGGAUAUCCCGCGUCCAACUCAUCGUAUUCGGUUUUUCGGCAAGAAAGUUGAUUCGAUCGACUGGCUACGCUCUCGUCUGGCCUCGACGAUCGAGGAAGUCCAGACCCUUCAGCGGAAGCAUCGUGAUGGCGAGGCCAAGUACCUGUCCGCCAUUUUCGUAGAGUUCAGGACGCAGAACGAUGCUCAAGUGGCAUUACAGACGCUCUCCCAUCAUCAACCUUUUCAUAUGACACCCCGUUUCAUUGGCAUCCCUCCUAGAGAGGUGAUUUGGUCUUCUUUGAACCUGAGCUGGUGGCAGAGAAUUAUUCGAAAAUUCUUGAUGCAGGGAGCUAUCGCUGCACUCAUUAUCUUCUGGUCCAUUCCUUCUGCCAUCGUCGGUACUAUCUCCAACAUACAAUAUCUCUCGAGUGUCGUUCCUUUCUUGGGGUUCCUGAAUGAUCUGCCCAGUGUGAUCAAGGGCGCCAUCGCAGGCUUACUCCCCUCGGCGGCACUGGUGCUCUUGAUGUCAUUGGUUCCCAUCAUCUGUCGUAUAUUGGCGAGAAAUGCCGGCGUACCCUCCAGGGCGGCAGUCGAGUUAUUCACGCAAAAUGCACACUUCUGCUUUCAGGUGGUGCAGGUUUUCCUUGUUACAACAAUUACAUCUGCGGCUUCAGCUGCGACCGCAAAGAUUAUUCAAGAUCCGAUGUCAGUCAAAGAUCUUCUCGCCCAGAACUUGCCGAAAGCAUCCAACUUUUACGUGUCAUAUUUCCUUCUCCAGGGCCUGACGAUGAGUUCUGUUGCUGUGGUGCAAAUCAUGGGGCUCGUGGUCUUCAAAUUGAUUUCUACCUUCUUCGAUCACACACCUAGAAGGUUGUUCAGACAGUGGACCGAGCUCAGCGGGCUAAGCUGGGGAACUGUCUUUCCUGUGUUUGCCAAUAUGGGUGUUAUUGCACUGACUUAUUCUUGCAUUGCACCGUUGAUCCUGGGUUUCGCUUUCGUGGGCCUUUACCUCGUUUAUCAAGCCUAUCGAUACAACCUCCUCUAUGUUUAUGACCUCAGGAUUGACACCAAAGGUCUGGUCUACCCCAGAGCUUUGCAGCACCUGAUGACAGGCAUAUAUCUCGCCGUGGUGUGUAUGAUCGGCCUGUUUGCCAUUCGUGGAGCUGUCGGACCUGUUGUCAUCAUGGUUAUGUACUUGAUCCUUACUGUACUGGCGCACAUUUCUCUCAACGAAGCCAUGGCACCUCUCAUGACUUUUCUUCCACGGUCUUUGGACUCUGAAGAGGAGGACCUCCAGGCCAAAGAAGAUGCAGGGUACCUACAUCCGAACCAGUCGCGGUGGGAAUCUGUGUGGAAGUGGUUCCACCCUAACGUCUAUCGCGACUAUGCUGCACUUCGCAGAAAAGUCCGCAGGGAUGUCGUACGAAUCUCUUACACUGAAGAAGAGAUGUAUAACGCUUAUUUUGAGCCGUGUAUAUGGUCUCCGACUCCAACACUGUGGAUACCGCGCGAUAAGGGAGGGGUGAGUCAGGAGGAAGUUCGACAGACCUGCGAGGUUAUACCAAUCACGGAUGACGGGGCCCAUCUUAAUGAGAAAAACAAAAUAAUCUGGGACAUGAACGAUACUGGACUUCCAAUAUGGCAGUUGAAGAUCUUGUAUUGA